AUGCCGCGUCUGGUUGCCAGCAGUGCUGGUUCUUUUCGGACUACGGAUUUACUGGCAGAAGCGACCAGCGAGAAGCUGCACAAACCCACACAAAACACAAGCCCGAAAAGAACCAGCACUGCUGGCACCCAGACGCGGCACCGCCAGCCCAAGCGCGAAGCCGCGCAGACAAGCAGCCGAAGGGUCAAGCAAUCAAGCAACAAGCAGCAGGAGCAUGCAGGAGGAAUAAAAUCCCUUCGCUCAUUUCUUGACCAGCACUUCCUCUCGUCUCACCCUCGAGCGAUUCAGUUCGGACUCGAUCGAGACGGCUGUCUGAAGUUCUCGCAAACCGCGUCAGCGCUCCUGCCCCUUCACGCUCGCGGUGAUGAUGAGGAUGUUGCCAACCCCACAGUGCUGGUGAGCUUGGAUGCAAAGAACGCCUUCAACUCCCUCGACCGCCAGGCUCUCUUCGAUGCAAUCGAGGGACGUGCGAGUCGCGACUACUUUGAUGGGAGCAUCACUGAAGGCGCAAGCUUGCCCUCUUGCGAGCAUCUCCGUUUGUUCGCCUCCUACCUCUUCAGCUACUAUGGAGACUCUGCUGACCUUCGACUCUUUCACAAAAGUCAGUCAGCCUCCGUUCAGUGUACCUCGGGCGUCUGUCAGGGCGAUGUCCCCUCCAGCGUGUUUUUCUGCCACAGUAUCCACCCCCUGCUCCUCCAUAUCGCAGAGCUUUUUCCCUCUGUUCGAGUCUUGGCCUAUGCUGACAACGUCGUACUUGUCGGUCCACUCGAGGAUGCCGUUGCAGCUACGUCCGCUAUGAAGAAGUACAUGGUGGCUGAUCUGAAGCUAGAGAUUCAACCUCGCGAGUCGAAAGUUUACAUCCCCUCCUGGCAUCAACACCCUGAUCUCUCGCAGCUGAAGAAGAGCCUUAAGCGCCGUCUCAAGACUCAACUUCUUCACUUCGAGGUCGUCACUGGCGGGAUUACACUUGGCGGCCUGCCUAUCGGCACGGAUGGAUUUCAUGCUAGUCAGCUCCGAGCGAAGGUUUCUACCCUCAACGAAGAGCUCUCGAAGCUCGGGCUCGUCCAGCAUGGCUUCAUGUUCAAGACGCUGGUGAGGGCGAGCCAUCUCCAGAAGCUGCGCUUCUUCCUCCAGGGGUCUUCUCCGUUUCUCCCGCGGGUCCAAUCACAGAUUCGUCGCUUUGACCUCUCUGUCCACCUGGCGCUUGAGAAAUACCACCGCUGGCCUUCCUCGCAGUACCUCGCCGCGCAUCCCGACCUGCUAGAGUUUGCGAGGUUCAAGCGGGAGCUUCCGCAUGGGCAUUGCCGCGGCGUCGCCGCCGUCACGGGCGGCUACCACUGA